AUGCCCAAAUUCUUCCACUGGAUUCGUGGAAGGCUGUUCCUGUUCCUGGAUCACUUAGUGCAGCUACAAGAGCUGUACAGAGGUGGUCAUUCAUUAGCAAUCUCCAGCAUGAUUGCACUGGACGCGUCGCAAUUAGUGUUGCGUAUUUCUAAAGAUGAGUGCAUAGAUAAUAUAAUAGCGUUGCCUUUAUUAGAUUUGUUUCAGGCAUAUAUUAUAGAAUCGACAGAAGAAGAUUUCCUAUGAUACAACAGCUUGAGAAAUCAUGGGAAGAAGAUUUUCUAUAA